AUGGGAAAAGCCAAGGUUGGAAUCAAUGGAUUUGGCCGCAUUGGCCGCUUGGUGCUUCGCGCUGCCGUCGAGAAGGACACCGUCGAAGUAGUCUCCGUAAAUGAUCCAUUCAUCAAUAUUGAUUACAUGGUGUACUUAUUCAAAUAUGACUCCACUCAUGGUCGUUUCAAAGGAAGUGUUAGUCACGAAGGUGGCCAUCUCGUUGUGAGCCAGGAAGGCACGAGCACUCACAAAAUCAAGUCGCAGCAACAGGUAACGAUAUUUUAUUUGGUCGACACCUGGUUCAGAGUUUCUUUGGUUUUCCUCAAGGACCCCGCCGAAAUUCCAUGGGGAGCUGAUGGAGCUGAAUACAUUGUAGAGUCGACUGGUGUCUUCACCACUGUUGAUAAGGCAUCGGCUCACUUGAAGGGAGGCGCCAAGAAGGUUGUCAUCUCCGCACCAUCAGCAGAUGCCCCGAUGUUUGUUAUGGGUGUAAACAACGAGACCUACAACGCUGCCAACAACCACAUUAUCAGUAACGCUUCAUGUACCACCAACUGCCUCGCUCCUCUGGCUAAGGUCAUUCAUGACAACUUCGGAAUCAUCGAAGGGUUGAUGACCACUGUGCACGCAACUACUGCCACACAGAAGACUGUCGAUGGACCAUCCGGAAAGCUGUGGCGUGAUGGACGUGGUGCAGCUCAGAAUAUCAUUCCAGCCGCUACCGGCGCAGCUAAAGCUGUCGGUAAGGUUAUCCCUUCACUGAACGGCAAGCUCACCGGUAUGGCCUUCCGUGUACCUACCCCUGACGUGUCUGUUGUCGAUCUCACUUGCCGUCUUGAGAAACCAGCAAGCAUGGACGACAUUAAGAAGGUCAUCAAGUCUGCUUCGGAAGGUGCGAUGAAGGGCAUCUUGGGUUAUACUGAAGACCAAGUUGUGUCGACUGACUUCUUGUCUGACACACGCUCAUCCAUUUUCGACGCGGGAGCGUGCAUCUCUCUUAACCCGAACUUUGUCAAGCUCAUUUCAUGGUAUGACAACGAGUACGGAUACUCGCACCGUGUCGUCGAUCUGCUUACCUACAUUGCCAGCAAGGCCUAA